AUGGAUGUUCUAAACAACCAUCAAGAUUUCGGAACUUCUAAACUGAACAAAGAUCUGCCUUGUGCUGUUUGUAAAAACCCGGGAAAAUCGUCAGUGUUGAUGAUACCAGGCAAAAAAUCAUGUUAUGGAGGUUGGAGCAAAGAAUUUUCUGGUUAUUUGGUGGCACAGGCUAGUGAAGCUAGUCGUUCGCCCACCGAGUAUAUAUGCGUAGAUGAAAAUAUGGAAUCUAUUUCCGGUGGAGACGCAGACGAUAACGAGGGCGUUGUUUAUCCGGUAGAAAUCGGAAGCUGCAAUACAUUAUCUUGUCCUCCAUUUGUCGAGGGAAGAGAAUUGACAUGCGUGGUAUGUUCACAAUAG